UUUUCUUAUCCAAACAUUCAGAUCUCCAAGAAAAUAUCUUUAGCUCUGUGGUUCAUAUUCCAAAAAUGGCUAAGACAUGGAAAGCUUGAGAGACAAACCUAGAUGGAGUCUUGUAGGCAUGACCGCUCUUGUUACCGGUGGCUCCAAAGGCAUCGGAGAAGCUGUGGUGGAGGAACUAGCUAUGUUAGGAGCAAGAGUCCACACAUGUGCCAGAGACGAAACUAAGCUUCAAGAAAGCUUACGUAACUGGCAAGCAAAAGGGUUUCAGGUUACCACUUCUGUUUCCGACGUUUCUUCUCGUGGCCAACGAGAGAAACUUAUGGAAACUGUUUCCACUAUCUUUGAAGGAAAACUCAAUAUACUUGUAAACAAUGUGGGAACGUGUAUAGCCAAACCGACCUUAAAACAUAGAGCGGAAGAUUUCUCAUUUACGAUGGCUACAAAUCUCGAGUCAGCUUUUCAUCUCUCACAGCUCGCGCAUCCUUUGUUGAAAGCUUCGGGUUCAGGGAGCAUCGUGCUAAUCUCCUCCGUCUCUGGAGUUGUACAUGUCAAUGGUGCAUCCAUCUAUGGAUUAUCUAAAGGAGCUAUGAAUCAGCUAGGAAGAAACUUAGCAUGCGAGUGGGCAAGUGACAACAUAAGGACUAACUCUGUGUGUCCAUGGUUCAUAGAAACUCCUUUAGUUACCGAAGUUCUUAGUAAUGAAGAGUUUAGAAGAGAAGUGGAGAGUAGGCCACCGAUGGGACGUGUUGGAGAAGUAAAUGAAGUAUCAUCGCUUGUUGCAUUUCUAUGUCUUCCUGCAGCUUCUUAUAUAACAGGUCAAACCAUUUGCGUUGAUGGAGGUUUCACUGUUAAUGGUUUCUCUUUUAAGCCUCUGCCUAAUUAAGACGUAGAGUGUUUCUGUUUUUAACAUUUUGAGUGUAUUCUAUCUAAUUAAACUCACAAUUUUAGUUUCUUAACCGAAGUUUCUUGGAUAAUUAAUCAACGUAGAGUGUUUUUUUUU